GAAUAAAUCCAUCAUACUUCACAAUGAAACUGGUGCUCGCUUGUCUGGCGGUGCUGUUCCUAGCUUCGGUCUUAGCUAGGCCGGGUAAGAGCAAGAAGCAGAGCGCUGGAGACGCCUUCGAGGACGCUGGUAUCACAGAGCUUCUGAAUAUCCAGGCACCAACAAAUUGGCUUAAAGUAAAAUAUGGUCCCAUAGAGGUAAAGCGAGGAAAUGACAUUUACCCUGGAGACACUAUAGAACAACCCACGAUUACAUUUGAUCAAGCAGAUCCCGACACCUAUUAUGCUUGGUUCUUGUUAGAUCCCAACUACAACAACUAUUCAGCUAAGGACAAAAAGCCUUAUAAGGCCUUGCUUUACGCAUUAUACGUGAAUAUAAAAAACAUAAACAUAAAGGCGGCGGAUGUACUGGCGAAGUACUUGGGCCCCAGCCCUCGCACGGGGACUGGGGAACAUUACUACGUGCAUCUGCUCUGGGAACAACAAGAAAAAAUAGAUGUCAGCUCAUGUGACAUGCCAGACUACGAAACAGAUCAGCGGUAUCCCUUCAACCUGACUGAGUUCAUAUCACAAUACAACUUGAGCGAUGAGCCUGCAGCUGGUAAUUUCCACACAGCAAGCUUUCCCGACGACUUGCAAGAGGUCUGUGAAGAGGGAGGUUAUUGUUAAUGAAGACGGUUUAAAUUGUAUAGACGAUUUUGCAUCGAAAACUUUACUGUAAAAAGUAAAACAAAAAUAUAGUGUGUAA